GGUGUCUUUCAAAGCAGCACUGGCUCGGAGACGUUUGGCAGUUCUGCAUCGACCCAGCAGAGUGACACAUCUCGGAGGAAAGGUUGUGGUGUAAAAAGGGGGAUAAUCAAUAUGCCUGCCAGCCUCUGUGGUACGUGGGACAUCAUCAGCAAUGUCAACUUGGAGGGCUACAUGAUUGCACUGGGUAUCAGCCCUUGCUUGCGGAAGAUUGCUCUGAAGCUCAAGCUGAAGAAGGUGAUAGAGCAGCAGGGGGACCAGUACCUCGUCAAAACCAUCAGCACCUUCCGAAACUACACCAUCACCUUCAAAGUGGGCCAGGAGUUUGACGAGUUCACGCAGGGGCUGGACAACAGAAAAGUCAAGUCGCUGGUGAAAUGGGAGGAGAACAAGCUGGUGUGCGAACAGAGUGGAGAGAAGAAGAACCGGGGCUGGGCUCACUGGGUUGAGGACGACAAGCUUUACCUGGAGCUGUACUGUGAAGGACAAGUCUGCAAGCAGGUUUUUAAGAAGAAGUGAGUUAAGAGGAAUGAAAGAUGGAUUUCUACAGAUGUCCUUUUUUCUGAUGGAAGUGCUUGAUCCAUCACACUGAACCCUGAAUGACUUGAGGGGCUGUGGUGUUUUCUCUUUGAUGUAACUGCUCAGAGAAAACGUCCGUCAGGCCAGGGCUUCACGCCACUAGAUGGCGCCACUGCAUUACUUUUCCCAUAAACUCAGUUAGCUGCUUUCUGAAACUGUCAGGAGCCACCCUCAUAACAACACUGAACAUCAAGGACGUUCUGGGCUCUUUUCAGAUGGCUGAAAAGAAUGAUUUGUGUCAACUGUCAUAUCAGAAUCAGAAAAAGCUUUAUUUAUCCCCGAGGGGCAAUUAGGAGGGCGAAGAGCGGUACAUACAAUUAAAGAGCAAGAGAAGAAGUACACAAAGGUGGGUGGGCAAAAGCAGCAUGAUGUGUGUAAUGGCAGGCCUGCUGCCAGUAACACAAAGAGUGAGAUGAUAUUGUGGUAAAUAUGAAAUAAAUAUAUAAAGAAAAUGUAAGAAAUGUAAAAUGGAGUCAGUGCAGCAACAUUCGGUCCGCACAUGACAUUUAUUUAUGGCUAUUUCUGUAAGAUUCCCAUUCAUGUCAAUACAUUUGUACUUAAUGUAACAUAAAUCAAGUGUAGGAUAUUUGAAAUUGUAAUACAGUUUUGUGUUGUAAAUUUGACUUUUGUGUUAAAAAAAUGGGUUUGAAAGAGAUGUAAAGUUACUCUGGGUCAUCCCACUUGAGAAGUUGUUGCUUGGAACUAUGCUGUUUAAAACGAUGCACUCCCUUGCCAAAACAUUAGGUACACCAGUAAAAAUGAAUGCUUUUCAAUUUAAUAGUCCUGCCUGAAAUGUUAACGUUCAUAGGAUAGGAUGUAGUCUGUGGUGCUGUUGAACCGGAUUGAAGUGAACUCUGAAUUGUUUCUGUUAUUUAGCCCAGCCCAGGAAAACAGGAGUGUCAGAAUAAUAGAAACAUGUGUCAUUUUUUUAAUGACGACAGUUGAAUCAGCAACUGUGUUAUUUGAAACUAAUGUGGAACACCAUAAUCGUCAUAGUUAUAUUAAAAUGCAUUAUUUCCCCCUAGUGUACCCAAUGAACUGGCAAGUGAAUGUAUAUCAUCAUAAUAAACCUGGACCUAUGCGGCAUGCUAAUUUGCAAUGUAUAUGUAUUCGUUUGUAACUGCCACUAACAUAAUAAUAAUAAUAAAACAUGUUGUAGUGAU